UGGCAUUAAUAAAUUCUUGUCGUUCCAAAGAAUUUAUUAAUGCCGGAAUCUUUAGAUGAAUUGUAUAUACAAAAUUAUGUCGACGUUGGUUCGACAUUUGAGUUCCUAGGUCGUUCUAGGCGUGUGGUUGUCUCCGGUCGCAACGUUGCUAUAUUCCACCAUGGCGAUAAUUUCUUCGCAUUGGAUGCCAACUGUUUCCAUGCUGCCGGUCCCUUGGAGCAGCACGUGGGUGACAUUGAGGAAAUAAACGGGGAGCCUUGCAUCCGUUGUCCAUAUCACCAGAAGAUUAUAUCUAUAUCCACUGGUAAUUCCUUUUACGAGGCUGUUGAUAUCGAGCGCCUGGCUGAGGGUACUGUGAAAAUACGUUCUCUUGGCUUCCGAUCCCAGGGCGUUAAACAACGUUGUCACAAGACUAAAGUUGUAAAUGGGCGUUUAUUAGUUUAUAUAAACCAUGGACAUGAGUUGGAAUCUGACAAAUAUGCUCACAUGUGAAUCUACCGAGGAUAAGCUGUCUUAAUUGUCGUCUUUAAUUUCUGGAUUGUAUACCUCAUUCGUUUGAUCUGUUGAGUUCAAUGGAGCACUAUCGUCAGUUUGCAGAUUACUUGUUAAUAGAUUGACACUUGUAUCUUCUAUUUUAUCAUCGCCGGCAUCUGGUUUAGACUGUACAUCAAUGUUAGGGGUACCACUAGCUGCAUCAACAGU